AGUUUCAAAUUUAUAAUUAUCUUUGUGAAUAUUAUUACAUUUUAAGUAUAUAAUAUACACAGUAUACAUAGGUGAAUAUGGUCUAUACAGAUUUUUCAUGUCGUAUAAGUGUACAUGAUUUAAGUACUAACAAUAGAAAUGACUAAUAGAAAUAUAGAAGACAAAAUGAACGAUACUAGCAAAGAUGAUCCUUACGAGGUAGAAAAAUGUGGUAAAUGGAUUAAUGAGCGUAAUUUAAAUAAGGUCUGCCUACAAUUUCCUGAUAACCUUUUACCAGAUUCAGUAGAAAUUGCAUUACGUUUGGAAAACUGUAUCAACAAGAAAGUAUAUAUUUUGGGAGAUACUUCUUAUGGUAAUUGUUGUGUUGAUGAAAUAGCUGCUCAGCAUAUUAAUGCUGAUAGCAUAAUACAUUUUGGUCACGCUUGUCUAAAUCCAACUACUCGUUUACCUGUAUUUCAUGUGUUACCCAAACAAGACAUUGAUACAUCAGAACUUAUUAGUAAAUUUAAAUUAAAUUUUGUGGAUCAGACUGAAAAAAUUUUAUUUUUUUAUGAUAUUGCUUAUGCACAUAAAAUUGAAAAGAUAUGUAAAAUAUUAAAUGCUGUUUAUAAGAAUUUAAUCUUUACUUCAUUAAACUGUAUCUCUAAUGUAGAAUUCACAGAUGUCAAAGAUGAUGCAUCUACGAUAAUCUUAGGUAGAUGUUUUAAAUUAGAUAAGGAAUAUAAAAUAGAAGAUUAUAUAGCAUUUUUCUUGGGAAAUGGUGGAAACACAUUUACUAGAUUAGCAAUGACAAUCUCUGCAAAAAAAUGGUACUAUUUUGAAAAUAAUAGCAUUGUUGAAUAUGAAAUUUUAAAUACACCAUGGUUAAAAAGAAGAAGAUUUGUAGUUGAGAAAUUAAAAGAUGCUAGAGUUGUUGGCAUAGUUGUGGCUACUCUAGGUAUUAAAGAUUAUCUUAAAAUAAUAACAAUGGUUAAAAACAUCAUAAAAGAAAAAAAGAAAAAAUCUUAUAUUUUAAGUGUUGGUAAAAUAAAUCCAACAAAACUUGCUAAUUUUCCUGAGAUCGAUGCUUUUGUUGUAAUAACAUGCCCCGAAAGUGAAAUAUUUGAUUCUAGAGAAUUCUUAAAGCCACUAUUAAUGCCCUAUGAAGUAGAAUUGGCAUUUAAUAGUUCAAGGGAAUGUUAUACACAAUAUUGUAUGGAUUUUAGACAAAUACUUCCUGGAGGAGUGAAUUAUGUUGAUUUUAAACCAUCAACAGAUUCAGAUGUUUCUUUAAUUACUGGUGAACUUAGAAACUGUGAUGAAAAUAUUCCAUGUACUGACAAGAUGAAUGCUCUAGCAAUUAAUAAUUCAUCAGAUGUUGUUGCAAUUGGCAAAGCAGGAGCAGAAUUUUUAUAUAAUAGAUCGUGGAAAGGAGUUGAACAAAGAUUAGGCAAAGAUGCAGUACAUGCAGCAGAAAUUGGCCGCUGUGGAUUACCAAGUUGCUAUGAAAACGAGCCUAUUUCCCGAGAAGAUAAUAAUGAAUGAACAUAAUAAAUAUAAUAAUUUCUAUACUCUAGAUUGGUGUUCUUUUCAAGAGAAAGAAUGUUGUUUAAUUUCUUUAAUCUUUACACACGAGUGUUGGUGAUAUAAUUAACCCUUUCACAUACUUUAUGUUUCCUAUGCUUAACCAUAACUGCUUAAACUAUAACUUUCUAUGCUUAACUAUGUAUUUUGACAAAUUGUUAAUUAAUUAAACGAUGAAUCUAUUUAUUUUCGAAAAAA